AACCACUCACCACAUGAGCUGGGGAUUGUGGGGUGCCGAGUGCGCAUGUCUGGGAUGCGAGAAUGGGUGGGAAGUGCGAGAUGCUGCCGAAGGCCCGAGAUGACAACAAUUUCAGCAGCGGACUCAGAAUCGCCAGUCCGUAAUCCCUUCCAGCUUUUCAGUGUGUUUCUGGAGCAGAUCGCGUGCGGCGGUGUUUUGUGCAGUGUUGAGUGGCGAAAGUGCUGGCUUCUUUGAAGGCUUACAAACAAUUUUGUCCCGACUCGACGAACAGAAAAACGUGCAUACCAGCCAACCGAGAAUUUAAAAGCAUUCCGCUGCAUCAGAACUAUAUUUGCACUUUGAUUUGGGGGCGUGGCAGGUGGACGGCGGACAAUGAACCCGCCCACGCAGCAAGGACAAUAAUUGCAGACUGGAUUGGAAUGGGAUGCACAGUGGAGGAGCAGCAUGAGUUCGCCUUUUUGGAGCGAUGGCAGUACUGGUAUCGCAGCGGCCCCACAAUCCACAUAAUUCGCAUUACGGGCGCUAAGUUUCGAUAAGUUGGCAAUAAUCGCCGGAAAUGGGCAGUCUGCCGAAUCUUCACGAGCUGGAGGAGGCGGAGCGCAAGCGGGAGAAGCGACGGGAGUACGAACUUCUGCUGGAGCAGCGGGCCCGUGACACCAGUCGCGAGCGGGAGCGACUCUCCGCGUUUGCUCAGCAGCGCAAGCAAUCGUCGUAUAAUGCUUACAUUAUGGCUAGUCUGGGCAUUGGUGGCGGAUCCUUGAGCCUCAAUGCCACCGGAGGCACUGCAACAGGCAAUGGAGAUCUGCCCGGUGGCAAUGGCACAACUGCGGGAAAGGGCCUGAUCCAGGCGGUGGGCACCGCAUCUGGAUUGGCCACCAGUUCGGGUGCUCCGGUGGCCACCAGUGGCUUUGCGAUGCUGGGACUGGCCAAGAAGUAUGCCCCACAGUCACACCACCAUCAGCAUCAGCACCAGCACCAGCAUCAUCAGCACCGCCAUUCGCUGACCACGAGGCAUAGAGUGAUGCGUACCCGCAGUUCUGGAGGAGCCCAGAACGUCUGGGAAGAGCAGAUGAUGGAGCAGCACAUCACCGCAUACUCGCCGUCGCCCAUUUCGACUCGUUCGCAUCGAAUAAAUCCGGUGUCCUCGUACCAGGUGCAGGCUGCUCUGGCGGCCUCGCGUCGCCGGGAGUCCAUAAACAGCUCCAUUGGAGCCACCUCCAUCCGACGAUUGAUAACGCUGAACAACAGGAAUUGCCGGCACAAGGUGCCAGGCCAUGUGCGCCAAAAAGUGUGGCGCCAAUUCAGCUGCUUAAGUCUGGCCCACGGACUGACGAACUGCGUUCUGCUGCCGGUGAUGGCGCUCCAGGGCUCGAAUGCAGUGUGGCACCACCGGGAGGAAUGGUUGCCCCUCGGCCCGGAGAUUGGAUCCCUUCUGCUGAGUGCUCUCUUCCUGGUGGCCGCUGGGAUGAGCCUGCCCAGCAUUCGACUGAUGAAACGAUAUGGUUAUGGGCCACUGAUAGUGGCGAACUAUAUGACAGUGCUUCUAUUCCUCCUGUCGCACCUGUACGCCUCCAUUUACACCCUUCUACCCGCCUACUUGCUGCUGGGCGUGACCUUGAGCGGAUCCGCUGGCUCCAAAGCGGCCUUGAUUGUCCACUUUGGAGGGAAAUUGAGCUGCUCCUGCGAGUCACAGCAGUCGCAGGCGGCGGUCGAUGUCUUGCACGAGGAGCACAAAAUGUUUUGCAAUCGGGAACAGAAGGUGAGACGUCUGGCCAGGUGGUUCAGGGUUUCCCAAGACCUGGGACUAAUCGGAGGAGCCCUUCUGGCCUCCAUUUUGCUGGCCUGCAGCGAUGGAAACUUUACGGGAGAUUGCUCCGGACUGGUUUACUAUGGAAACGAGAGCUGGCCACCCCAACUGAGGGAUUUCUACAAUAGGAACGAGCACGGCGACAGGAUCUGUGGGGCAGACAUGUGUCCCCUGAGAGGGCAAUCCAUUCUGGCGGCGGGUUGGGCCAAUGGCAGCUCCAUACCCAGUUCCAUCUAUGCGGGCUUCAUCGAAAGUGAGCCCCGUGUGGCCGGGCAAUCCCUGCUCUGGUUGUACGUUCUGUUCUCGAUGAUAUCAUUGACCCUCUCGCUGCUGGUAGUGGUGGACAAGGUGUAUGCCGCAGGCUCAUCGCGACCGGAGCGUUCAAGAGAUGUGAGCAUCACGGAUACCCUGCUCUUUGCCGGUCCCCUGGCCUAUUUUGUGGGCACGGAACAGGCCUAUAUGAUGGGUGACUUUCUGAGGGCCUUCGUCACCUGCUCGUUGGGGAUCGGAAUGAUUGCCGGCGCCUUGAUUGGCAUGGGUCUGAUGCAGCUCAUCGUCUCCUGUACCUUGAGCAUGCUGCUCAGGCACGUCAAGCGGAUCGUCGUGAUUUUGGCUGGUUUCUUCUUCCACUCCUGUCUGCUGCUGGCUCUGUCCAGUUGGAAGCCCUCGAGUGACGACAGUGCCCUGUUCUAUGUGAUUGCCGCCUCGUGGGGUGCCUGUAAUGGGAUGUGGGAGACGCUCCUGCUCUCGCUGGUCACCCUCAACCAUGCCAGUCAUGUAACGGAGGUCCAGGCGCCUCUGCUGGCCCUUCGGUUCCUGGGACUAGGACUGACCUUCGCCGGUCACGGCUUCCUCUGCGAAUCGAUGAAGAUCAUUGCCCUGGUGGUGCUGCUCGUCAUCAGUGUGCCACCGUAUGCUACGCUGGAAAUCCGACUGGAGGCGCAACGCAAGGCGACGCUCGUCAGCUUAUGACGCAGCAUCUUCAGCUAGUCCCGACGAAUGCGACGGGAAGUCGUGGUUCGGACGCACACCAUGUGACAUGUUCCGGAUACGGAUACGGAUCCGGAUCCUGGUCGGCGGCCAGAUCUCCUCGAAUCGCAGCCCGUCAUGGAACGUAUGGAACGAGAGACACAAGUCAAGCGACGCAAGUUACACUUCGAGCUCAGUGGACAGAAGUCGGUCGAUUCGGAAAGGGAUACGGUUUAAAACAGCUUUAUCUGAUAUACAACAAAUAGCCACAUGGGGGCAAAGCUGGCUACUGACCUCUGUCCGCGGGCCUAGAGGAUAAGACUAGUUAAUAGGUUUGAUCUACACCCAUGUGGGGUUCCCUUCGAAGUGGGUGCAUUCUCAAUUUAUAGCAUUUGCCAGUGCCAGUAAUGUUGUUCCAUGUCUAUAACCUAUCUAUCAAAUAGAAAUAGAGAUAGAGACAGAUAGAGAGGGAGAUAUACAUAGAGAGAGAGAGAGAGUGAGAGAAAGAGAGAGAGAGAGAGAGAGAGGAAGAGAGAAGGAGAAGAGGGGAGAAGAGCUUUAUGAGCCACAAUAAGCAUCUAGCAUGUAGAACGUUACAUAUGUAUGUACCAGUAUAUCCGAUCUGAGGUGAUACGAUAUCAAUUGCGUAUCUGCAUACAUGUAUGUAUUUCGCCAAGGGCUCCUCUGCCAAAAGGUUUUUUUUUGUGUGUAUUUCCUAAUGUAAACUCCUAGGCGUAGGUGUAUUCAAUUGGAACUCCAGUUUGCAGUUUCCAAACCGAAGCGAUCCGUUCCGAUCCGGUCCAGAGUUAAUGUAUGUUAUGUAUGUGUUGUCGGUGUAAUGUGCGUUAUAUAGGUUUCGAGACCCUCCACUUUUGUCAACCAUAGGUGCAUCCCGAUUCAGAUCCAGAUCCAAAUCCAGAUUCAGAUAAAGCUAGCUGCAAACUGUUAUGAUAACCAGGUGAAAUCCUAAGGUCUAAGGUCUAAGGUCUAAAGCAACAAUGUUAACAUUUUAAAAAUUUUGAGAGUAACCAUUUUGCGACCGCUGACGAUUUCAUACAUCGGGCUAAGUAUUACAUGUAUGUUGCUAGCCACAUACUACGAGUAUAUAUACAUAUACAUAUACAAAUACCAAUAGGCAUAGACAUACUAUAUAUUUUUUCUUAGCGCUGGUUCCAUCUGAAUACUGGAAUACUGAACAAAGCAGGUCGCAAACGAAUUAAGCCGGUGGGACGGGCAGCCAAAUACGAUAAGAUCGAGUUCUACGUGUAUUGGAUGUGUGUUGUAUAUUGUAGGUGUCCAUAUCCAGAUCCAAUAAAGAUUUCAAAAACAA